AUGCAAGCUGAAGGAGGUCUUGGUAUCCCAGUCGUCCAAAUUAUCAUUGAAGGUGGCUACGAUGUUCUGGUGCUGGCAGGGUAUAGUGUGGAGCACAAUAUUUCAAUUGUCGUCUGCUCGGGUACUGGAAGAGCAGCAAACCUCCUCGAUGCAGCUAUUCGAUUCCGUGGACAGGAACCGGGGUUUGAAGAUUUCACACCGGUGCAGAAGAAGCAACUGGAAAGAUUACUGCAAGGCCUCAUGGAUAAAGAGAAGGCACGAAGUCUGGAGCCGGGAUUGGAGCUGUUGCGUCAGAUUGUACAGCAUCCGAAUCUCCUGAACAGAGUUGAUCUGGGACAGUCUACCGACUUAGACAGCGUUAUUCUCUACGCCCUUAUCAAGACAUCGGUGGAGCCCUUUGAUCAGAUCCACAUUGCACUGAAAUUUGAUAGAGAGCUCUUCAUCUGGGCCAUUUUCUUUAAUCGGCCUAAAAUGGUUGAUUUGUUUUGGCGCCUCGCACGUGAACCCGUGGCCUUGGGUCUGAUUGGCUGUAAUCUCUAUGACAACAUCGGAAAAUGUCUGCCGCUCUACGACACAGACGGUCAGCUGUACAUGCAAAGCCAGAAGCUGAAAAUGGAGACUGCUACCCUGCAGGUCGUGGACCGGUGUUAUGCAGCGAGUCACGGUAUGACCACUUAUCUCCUGGAUCGCCGGUCCGAGGACACCGAUGGCUGUACCUGCACUGAACUAGCUGCUCAAGCACACUGUCUCAAAUUCAUGAGUUCCGUAUCCUGCCAAUACGCCGUCGAUUUUGCUUGGUGUGCGGGCGUCAAGGCCAACGGGUUUGUGAUCAUUUUGGCCUACUUCUGUCCCCUUCUCCUGCUGUCUGACAAACUCUUCAUCUUCUGCACGGAGUCCGCCAUUUUGGAGGACGACAAUGACUAUGAAGAGGCCAGCAGAUUGGAAAUGAAACCCCUGGCGAGCACCAGCACCCACGGUACUGAGACGCCCGGUGAAGAGGCAGACGAUAGAGAUGAUGCGGACAAUGAGGACGGUGACUACACGAAGGACGGACGCCUGAAGUUCUACGUCAGGCUACAACGCUUCUACACCGCGCCACGGACUAAAUUCUACGUUCACUUUUUCGCCUACAUUGCCUUCCUUAUCUUCUACGCGUACGUUUUGCUGUUUGCACUUUAUCCGGAUCAUCUGAGUAUCUGCGAAAUGGUCCUGAUGGUUUGCUUGGGAACUUUCUUUGUGGAAACCAUUCGCAGUAUGAUCAAGAGCGCGCAACAACCUGGAACUUACAAAUCUCGACCAUGCAAGUGGCUCACUUCGUACAGUUGGCAUGCUUACGACAUCUUCCUAAAUCUUACAAAUAUAACAGGCGUCCUUCUGCGAAUAGGCCUUGAGACGACCUUCAUCUACGCGAAAAGUGUUUCCGCUGUCAGCUAUAUACUCUUCUUCGUCCGUCUCUUCCAACACUACUCCGUCAAUCACAAGCUCGGGCCCAAGAUUCAAAUGAUUGUUCAAAUGUUCAAGGAACUACUCAUCUUUAUGGUCAUCCUAGCCGUCUUCCUUGUAUCCUCGGGUGUUGCAAUGCAGAGUCUCCUAUACCCUUACCGGACAGAAUUUAAUGCCUCAGUUCUGCUGGACGUUGUCUACAUACCCUACUACCGCAUCUACGGCGAACUGAACCUCGACGAGGCGAAUGAGACCAUACAGGAAAUUGAUCAGGAGGUGGAGUACAUGCAACGCUGGGCAGUCCUGAAAAUAGCCGAGGAGGAAGAAAAUUCAACACACGAAUCUGUAGAAGGACGUCUGAAGAGCAUCCAAACUACGUGA